UUCAAAACCUUAGAGUUGAAAAAAGAGAGCCACUUAUUAUAACACCUUUGAUUAAUUUGAAGUAUGGCUCCCAAAUCUGACUUGCAUAGAAAUGUUGCAGAUUAUAAACCUAGCGUUUGGGGAGAUUAUUUCCUUCGAUAUGCUUCUGAAUCUAUGGAAGUUGAUCAAAGUAUUGCAGCACAAAUUGAAACGCUAAAAAACAAUGUGAGGGACAUGCUUGUCUCAAACACCAAGAAUCCCUUGGAAAAAGUGCACUUAAUUGAUUCAAUAUGUCGUUUGGGUGUGAGCUAUCAUUUUGAAAAUGAGAUUGAAGAGGUUUUGCAACAUAUUCAUAAGAAUUAUGUUCAAAAUGGAGAAAUAAUUAUUUUUGAAGACAACCUUUGCUCUCUUGCUGUGCUAUUUAGGUUGUUGAGGCAACAAGGACUUCAUGUUUCACCAAAUGUAUUCAACAAGUUCAAGGAUGAGCAAGGAAAAUUUAGUAAAAGAAUUAUUGUUGAUGUUGAGGGGAUGUUAAGCUUGUAUGAAGCUACACAUCUCAUGGUUCAAGGAGAGGAUAUUUUAGAAGAUGCCUUGGCUUUCACUACCACUCACCUGGACUUUGUUGCCAACGAAUCGAGCCAUCCUCGCGUAACACAAGUCAAACACUGCUUAAGGCAAGCUCUCCACAAGAACUUGCCUAGGCUAGAGGCACGAAGCUACAUUUUCAUAUACGAGGAGGAUCCUUCGCAUGAUGAAAACUUACUUAUUUUGGCGAAACUAGAUUUCAAUAUGCUCCAAAGUAUACAUCAAAAGGAAUUCGGCAACCUUUACAAAUGGUGGAAGGAAUUGGAUGCAGCUAAUAAACUCCCUUUUGCAAGAGAUAGGAUGGUGGAAGGUAGUUUUUGGGCUAUGGGGCUAUUUUUUGAGCCUCAAUAUUCUAUAGGAAGAAAAUUCAUGUCGAAAUUAAUCAUCAUAAUAACAGCCAUUGAUGAUGCUUAUGAUGCAUACGGAACAAUUGAUGAAUUGGAACUUUUUACUAAGGCAAUUGAAAGGUGGGAUAUAAGCUGUUUGGAUGAUCUUCCAGAUUAUAUGAAGUUUCUCUACAAAAUAACCUUAGAUCUUUACGAAGAAAUAGAGCAGGAAAUGCAGAAAAGUGGAAGAGCAUAUACUAUAAACUACUACAAAAAAGCCUUCAUACAAUUCAUUCAAGCUUAUAUGACUGAGGCCAGAUGGUUAAACAAUAAUUACAAACCAACAUUAGAAGAGUACAUUCACCUAUCAACAGAAACAUGUGGUUACACAUUGUUGAUAUGUACCAGUUUCAUUGGCAUGGGAGACAUAACCACAGAGGAGAUCAUCAAGUGGGUAUCAAAUGAAACAAAAAUUGUUAAUGCUGCUAUUGUUAUUGGCAGGAUAAUGGAUGACAUUGCAUCCAAUGAGUUUGAACAGAAAAGAGAACAUAUGUCCUCAUUCUUGGAAUGCUACAUGAAGAAGUAUAAUGUCUCUAGGGAAGCUUCAGUUCAAGAAGGUCAAAAGAGGAUUGCCAAUGCUUGGAAAGAUAUGAAUAAGCAAUGUCUUAGGCCAACAGAAAUUCCAAUGCCUUUUCUUACACGCAUUUUAAACCUCUCACGUGUUAUUGAUGUGUUUUAUAAAGAUGAAGAUAACUACACGAAUCCUGAAGGAGAAAUGAAAACAUUCAUUAAAGCUUUGCUUGUAGAUCCGGUGGUGGUUUGAGCAGUAACUUUGGUCUUUCUAUGCAUUAUUGUAUUUCUAAUUUGAAUAAAGAAAACAUGUCAUGUGUGAACUUUC